AUGCAUUGCAAGCAGUUAUUUCAGAAUGAUGAGAAUCAUGAUCGAGAUGAGUUGCGAAGUUCUUAUCGUAAAGUGCUGCUUGUUGUGACAAAUGAUACUUUACGAAAAGAAGAGGGAGAUCAUGAAGCACUGGUAGCUAAACUUCUUAGCAAACCUUUCAAAGUACCAAUUCCCAACUAUACGUGUUCUGGGAGGCCUCGUCCUCUUGGACUUCGCCAUGCUACAACUCGAUGUGCAUUGUUCGAUCCAUAUGUUGAGGGAGCACUGGUAUUAUUUACUCCUCCCGAACUUAGUGCUCAUGAUGCUCUUAAGAUUGAUAGCAACAAGCAGGUACAUGUCGUGGUGGAUCCAAUGCUGAGUUCUAUUCUACGGCCUCAUCAACGGGAAGGUGUGAAAUUUAUGUAUGACUGUGUCACAGGCGCUCGUAUACCAUCCUCUCAUGGUUGCAUCAUGGCUGAUGAGAUGGGUUUGGGCAAAACAUUGCAGUGUAUCACUUUAAUGUGGACAUUACUCAGGCAAGGACCGGAUGCUAAGCCAACGCUAAGUAAAGCAGUAAUCGUCUGCCCUAGUAGUCUCGUCAAGAAUUGGGAUAAGGAAAUAAGAAAGUGGCUUGGAGGUCGAGUGAAUGCGUUAGCUAUAGAUUCUGGUAAAAAAGACGAAAUCGACAAAACUUUAGGCUUCCUAAUGAGAGAAAGGUUCAUCUUUCAAAUUGGAGUACGCUGUCCUACUCCCGUGCUAAUUAUUUCCUACGAAACCUUUCGAUUGCAUGUAACUGUUUUGCUGCAAAAAGAAAUCGGAUUAGUUAUUUGUGACGAGGGUCAUCGAUUAAAAAAUAGUGAUAACCAGACAUAUCAAGCGCUUUCUAGUUUGAAGUGUAAACGACGAGUACUCAUCUCUGGCACUCCAAUCCAAAAUGAUCUCCUUGAAUACUAUAGUUUGGUGAACUUUGUAAAUCCUGGUUUGCUUGGUACAGCUUCGGAAUUCAAACGACGUUUCGAAAAUGUUAUUCUACGAGGUCGAGAUGCUAAUGCAACGGAAUUACAACGUGAGAAGGGUGAUGCUGCUCUUGCUGAAAUGUCAUCUGUUGUGAGUAAGUGUAUCAUUAGAAGAACAUCUGCACUGCUCACGAAAUAUCUUCCGAUCAAAUAUGAACUUAUCGUUUGCUGUAAAUUAACAGGACUACAGGAAAAAUUGUACAAACAACUUAUUGGUACAUUAUCAGGAAAUACCAAACAGAAGGUGAUUGAAGGUGAUAAAAUGACAAGCACAGCACUUUCAUUCAUAACAAACUUAAAGAAAUUAUGCAAUCAUCCACAGCUGAUAUUUGACAAGUGUCAGAAAAGAGAAGAAGGAUUUGAAGAUUGCUUAAGAUUGUUUCCCAAUGAUUUUGGCGGGAAAUUCGAGCCGGCUUUAUCUGGGAAAAUGAAAGUCCUUGACUAUCUGUUAGCAGCUACAAGAGCUACCACCAGCGAUAAAUUUGUUCUUGUGUCUAAUUAUACACAAACAAUAGACGCAUUUGUCGAGCUAUGUCAACUUCGUCGUUAUCCUUAUGUUCGCUUGGAUGGAAGUUGUUCAAUUAAACAGCGAGCGAAAAUAGUGGAACAGUUUAACAGUCCAGAGAGUCCCGAAUAUGUAUUUCUGUUAUCGUCAAAAGCUGGUGGUUGUGGGUUGAAUUUGAUUGGCGCAAAUCGGCUUGUUAUGUUUGAUCCGGAUUGGAAUCCUGCAAAUGACGAUCAGGCUAUGGCACGAGUAUGGAGAGAUGGACAGAAGAAAAACUGUUUCAUUUAUCGGCUCCUUGCGACAGGUUCUAUUGAAGAAAAGAUGUUUCAAAGGCAAGCGCAUAAGAAAGCAUUGUCAUCUUGUGUGGUAGACGAAGUCUCCAAUGUGGCACGACAUUUUAGCAAAGACCAGUUACGUCAUUUAUUUAAUCUAAAGACGGAUGUCGCAUCAGACACACAUGAUUCAUUAAAGUGUGAUCGAUGUGUAAAUGGUAUUGAAUUCCGAGAACCUCAGGAAGAGUCUGACACAAACUCGGAUCUCAGUCAAUGGUAUCACGUCCAAAAAGAUCUACGUAAAGUACCGGAUCAAGUGCUAAAAAGAAUAUAUGACUGCGGAGAUAUAACAUUUGUUUUCCAUCAAAAGUCUCAUGAUUCCAAAAGCGACAUGGUUAAAGAUGAGAUUGAAGAAAACAAGGAAGCAGUUGAGGAGGAUUCUUGA